UCAGUCUCAGUUACUAAACCGAUUUCAAGAACUACGGACGCUUCACUCGGCCCUUGCUAAGUGGCGUGUGCUACAAUUAAGUAACGGGCAGAGUCAUUUCACAAUAACAAAAAAAAAAAAUAGAAAAAUAGAAUACAACAAGAAAUCCAAAAACAAAAACCAAUAAAACCACAUUAAACAAGAAAUUAAUAAAUAGACAACCGAGCACAUAUACCCACACAAAAAUAAAACAAUAGCAUACUAGUUGGUACAACUGGGGUAUUUUAUACAUAACUCGCUAAAUCCUUCGUUUAAUACAACGACGACCAGGAGACAACCACCAACAAAAAUCCAGUAAAUCGGAAACACGAAAUUACCAUCAGCAAAUUGCACCGGAGGUUGCAGACAUUUGAUUGAAGUGGAAGUCCAAAAAAAUCCCUCUGAUUAAUGGAAACGUUUUGAGAAAGCGUGCUCGGAUUGCCAAAUCAAAGAGAAUCGACAGAUGCACCACCAAGAAGAGAAUAAAAACCAAAAAAAAAACCGUGGCCAAAUAAAAGUCGACAAGGAAUAAAGACACAUAAAUAGACACAAAUGUACAUAAUUUAAUAUUUGGAUAUGCCUUGUAAAUACAACAUAAAUAUUUAGAAUCUAGGCAACUACGAUUAUUACGACAACUGAAACAAGGAAAAAAAAACACAUAUUUUCCAAUUACAAACAAACACGAUUCUCAUUCUAGUCGCAAAACGUUCACAAUUACAGAUUAUCUUCAUACAGUGAGACACUAAACAGUAAUAACCUCCCCCACCAAAAAUCUUAAACCAAGCUAAAAACAACAACCAUUUAUAUAUAUACAUGAAAGACAGAAAGCUAAAACACUGAAAUAAUUAAUCAAAUAUAUUAAACAAAUCCAAACCAAACGAAUGCAAGAAGAGCGCAAAAGCCAACUAUUCCAAAUUACCGUCAAUGUGUAGAUGAUCUACAAAGACCAUCUUUAAACGCUCCUCAUCGCUUGGAUAUCGCCACCAAUUGCAGCUCCAACUGCACUCCAACUCCCCUACAACAGGCAGCGAUCCGGAUACGGAUCAGCUAACAUAAUCGGAUUCCGAGCCGGAGUCCGUAAAACGAACGUGGAAAGGACAAAGACCAAAGAACGAAUACCGAAGGAUUCGGCCGCAGGGUCAAGAUGCAUAUUGAAAUCCAGGUCGCUUUGAACUUUGUCAUAUCCUAUCUCUACAACAAAUUGCCGCGCAGACGUGUAAAUAUAUUUGGCGAGGAGCUAGAGAAGGCCCUACGCGACAAGUUCCAGGGUCACUGGUACCCCGAAAAACCCUUUAAGGGAUCUGCCUAUCGCUGCUUGAAGACCGGGGAUCCCAUUGAUUCGGUUCUGGAAAGAGCGGCUAGAGAAAGUGGAGUACCGAUCGGCGAUAUCCUAGAAAACUUGCCAAACGAACUUUCCGUGUGGAUAGAUCCCGGGGAGGUAUCAUUCCGCAUCGGUGAAAAGGGAGCAGUAAAGAUUCUUUAUACGGAGAACAAUGAGAACCACGAAGACAGCCACUCGGCAGAUCGCGAGGUCACCAAAAUGUUCAACCCGGAGGCGCAGUGCUUCCGACCCAUCGAUGCCGUUAACACGACCAUGAACAAUCUGAGCUUGAGUCCCAAGCCGCUUCCAUUGGCCAUGCCCCAAGCGGGAUCCUCGCCGCACUCGGCUGCGUCCAGUUCACCCACCUACAAGGGCAGUCCAAAUCCCACGAUCUCUGGCAGCUGCAGUUCCGUUUCCGCAGCGGGUUCUGGAACGGGCUCUGGUUCUGGAUCCGGAUCCAAUAUGGCAUCCGGUCCUGGUACCGCUCCAGUUCCCGUACCCGGAAACGGUGCCACCGCCAAUGCAGCUGCAGCGGCCUUCAUGCAACGCGGCGCCCAGGCGCCAUUGACAUUCACCACAGCCACCUUUGCGCAGACUAAAUUCGGCAGCACCAAGCUGAAGACCAGCUCCAAGCGCACAAACAGCAGCGCCUAUCGCAUGUCGCCCACUGAGUUCUCCAACUACAUCAAACAGCGUGCGAUGCAGCAGCAGAUGCAUCAUGGUCAUGGAGUUGUCCCGUCCGCAGGAUCAUCGGUAUCGGCAGCAUUUGGCGGCCUGGAUGCCGUCUCACCUGCCCGAUCCCUAUCGCCGAAUCCUCUAUCGCUGGGCGGUAAUCCAAAUCAGGCCGGAUCGGGAUCGUCGGCCGAUCCGUUUUACUAUCAAAACAUGGCGAUCAAUCUGUAUCCACAAUUUGGCAAUCCACGCAGCCUCUUCGAGUCGCACUUUAAUGCGGAUGCCAGUAACUUGGGUCUCUUUGUGGGCGGAACUGCUGGAACAGCUGGUGCUGCUGUCGCCGCUGGAGGAAAUGGUGGGGCCAACAAGUAUAGUACUUAUCUGGAUCCGUGCUACUUUGGCAAUGGCCAUGCCAACUCACAACAGCAUCCGCAGCAACAGAAUCGCGGCGGAAUGGAUCGCCCGAAUAGUAGCGAAAGCUGCUUUGGCCUAAAUGUGGAUUGCGGCGGUAGUGCCGUUCUUGAGGAUUCGUCAUCAUCGUCGUCAGCAGCAGCGGCUGCUGCUGCUGUGGCCGUUGCCGUUGCCAUUGCCGGGGACUCAUCGCCUGAGGACAGUCCCCUAAGUACACCCACCGUGGCAGCCACAAACGCAGGAACAACAGCCACUCCUCCUUCCAGCUCCACCAACAACAGUAGUAGCCAUCCAACUCAACAACAGGAACAACCGUCCUCCUCCUCGGGAAACGGAAAUGGAAAUGCGAACGCAAACGGAAACGGAAACGGAAACAACGGUAAUAAUUCCAACAGCAAUACCAAACUGAUCGAUGGCAUUAGCUCCUUCUAUGGCAACGGAUCAUCGUAUCAGCAACUAUUGGUUGCCAACUAGAGUUUCCUCGAAGUCAAUCACCGCAAAGAGAAUCCACCAUAGUUAUAUAUAUAUAUAUAUAUAUAUCGAUACCAACAACUUAAUGAAAUAUUAUAUCCGGGGCAUGGAUAUGUAUGUAGUGCAUUUCGGGCUUUCUGGUCACAACUCUAUAAGCAAUAUGAAUUGUUAUGCAGUUUUGAGAUUUCCUGUAAAGAACCCCAAAUUCCCAGAUAGGAACCGAAGCAAAUUAGACGGAGCGACUAGGUGGAGUGGUAUAAAUGGAUAUCAUCAUUAUCAUUAUAUUCAUCUGAGGAGGAAAGAUAAGGUGGUCAUUAAAAACCAAGGACAUAAUUCUUUUGCCAUUUUGGAUAGUUAUGUAAUUGUAAGUGUCCUUGCAGACAGGAACAGUCACAAUGGAUGCAUAUCUCUAUAGGAACGAUUCGAUACGAUGUUGACACACCCACGAUCAGACACACACAAGCAGGUGUACAUGUUUAUAUGUAUGAAGCUGUAUAUGCAGAUGUAUAUACAGGUGCAUAUAUAUAUAUAUAUAUAUAUAUAUAUAUAUAGACAGGGCCAAAAAGUACCAUGUGUUUGUGAGGCCCAUAAAUGUAGAUAUGUACGAGUUGUAUAUACAGAUAUAUAUCAGCCACUAAUAAUAUUUAUUUUGUUAUUAAAUUCAGAGUAAAUCGCAAAGUAAAGUUUCUUUCUGGUAUCAAGAGCAUGCAUAGAAAAAUUAACUCAAAGUAUAGAGUGUACGACUGUUGCCAUAGGCACGUACGAAUGAUACACUCAAAUCAAAUCACACAAGCAAAUGAUGAAGAUCUACCGAAACAAACCAAUAAGCAACAAGAAAUAAUACCACAAAUAUAAAUAUAUUUAAUGAGAACAACUAGAAUGUCUCAACUAAUUGUUUUUACUUGUUAUGCAUAUGAACGUAUAUAUAAAAAUAUAUUUAAUUAUCCAACUUAGGAUCAACAUUAAUAUUAAGUUUUUAAUUAGUUGUAAACUAAAGAUAAGAUCAUUUUUGUAGAUCAAGUUGCUAAAUUUAAACACAAACAACAUGAAUAUGUUUACUGAUAAAAUUCAACAUUGUUGAUUAUAAAUAGAUAUGCAACUUGCAUACUCUGAGCAUCCUGACCUGUGAAGAAUGUUUUUCUGUAGUAAAAAGUCCUUUUUCCCAUUCUUUGUAUUUUUAUAAAAUGUUUUUUUAGUUUUGUAUAUAUCUGAAGCUAACUUGCUGAAGAGCUAACAAAAUGUAUUCAGUUUCAAAACUAUAAGAAAUAUAAACAAAAAUCUAUACAUUUUCAUACUACAAAUGAAGUGUUUCGAAAGAAUUUGUAAGAAACAAAAUAACAAUUAAGUUGGCUUUAGCACAGGUAUUAUUCCGGUGAGUAACCUCUUCUGGAAAUGUAUAUUUAUUUCAAUUUGUUCGACAUCUUUUUGUUCUAAAAGAUAUCUGGGUUCCCACUGUCAGACUGGAAAAAAUAUUAGAUUAAACGAAUACAAAUACUACAACUAAUUGCUCAAACCAUAGAUAUAACCAAAGCUCCUCUUAAACUCUUUUAGUUAUAUUAACUACACACCUAUAAUCAAAAUAGAGUCUUUCAAAAAUGCAAAGACUAGGAAAAAGGAACUUUUCUGAACACGUAAACACACUUUCUCAGAAACCGUAGAAAGUAAAACUCCAGCAUCAUUUAACAUGAUCUAUUUUUCCAGGAUAAAAAUCUCUGAUUGUUUUGUUAUAAACUAAAUGUUGUUUUUCCCCAAACCUUCUUAAUCAUUCGACUUUAUCGAAAUGAAAUCCUAUAUCAGAUAUAAUGUAAUAGGAUGUCGUAUGAUUUUAUUGAUAGUGCCAAGGUCGUCGGGUCACUGCUAAACUUUUUUACCCCUAAAACACACGUUAUUCAAGCUAUGGAAGCUUUUACAUAUAAAAAACACCUGAACAAAUAAUAAAAAAAAACAUUUAUAUUUUUGUUGUAUGUUAAAUUGUAUGUAUUACCAUUUGACUUCGUAUUUUUUUGUAUAUAUAUAUCUAUUUUUAUAUGAACAUUUGUAAUUUUUAUAAAUCGAGUACAGUAAAAAAUUUUAUACUUUUUAUAUGGGCCUAUGUGAAAAUACCUUGCUCUAUAUGAACACUUACUUUAAUUAAAUGGGAAAAUAAAAUGCAUAAAACCAAAAGACGAUUUUAGUUGAUCUUUUUUAAGUCCCAAAUGAAACGCAAAAUGUUAAUGUAAAUAUGUCAUUGAAUGUAUUAUUUCACUUCUCAAUAUAUGUUGUUCAAUGAAUGUAUAGCAAACCUAAUGGUAUGAAAGUACUUUUAAGGCAAAGUAGAAAAAAGAAUGGAUAAACAACAACAAAUUGAGUAAGCCACUGAAUUCAUUCUCUAUUUAUCUUGUUAAGAAACAUUUGUAAUUUGUGUAAACGUUAUGGUUUUGUUUUUAUUGUCUAGUCGAAGACGCAAACACAAUGAGAAAAAUUUGACGAAAGCGAAGAUUUUUAGUUUUUUGGAGAAUGUAUUCAAAUAUGUACCUACACAUCCCACAGAUGUGUGUAUCUAAACCUACCACUGAAAACAGAAAUUUAAUGAAACAUUUAAGUACCUUAACGAAGCUUCUAAUUAUAGCUACUGUGACCACGAACAAGAGUCAAAUCAAAGCCAAGCCAAACCAAAAAACCCCAUUAAAUGCUAUAUUAAUCGCACCUCAAAGUAAUAGGUGCGAAUUAUAGAUUGCAUUGGGUCUAUAGCUUUUGUAUUCUGAUCAUAGUAGCGCAUAAGUACCUACACAGAAACAUACAACAUACAUACAUACAUACAUACAUACAUACACCAUCUAACACUUGCACACAUUAAGGAUUAGGCACGUUUUUUUCUUAGACGUAUUAGAGUGUAUUUGAAUUAAACAACAAGAAACAUUCAACGGAAAACGAAAAAUGAAAAUAAAAACCAACAAUUUUGUACUUUUAUAUAUAUGAUGAGUAUAUAUGUAUAUAUAUAUAUUCGUAUACAUGUAUACAUAUGAAUGCCUCUAAAUGGUUCAACUCAACGGAUUCUCAAUGUAUUUUUUGUAUGUCUCAGAAAUGGUAUGUCUCCGAAUGAAACCAAGUAACGAACAAAUAUUCAUAAUGUUAGAAAUUGUCUCACAUGCCAUUCUCUAUAAGUAAGCAUAUGGCACAAGUAAACGCCCCAUAAUGUAUGCAAUCUGCCAAUCUAUCCUUACCUGAAUCUGAAUCAUAGAGCGAAAUGGAUAUAGAUAUGGAUAUGAAAAUGGAAAUGGAGAGAUGGGAUGCAAAGUAUUGGAUGAGAAGACGGUAUGGCUUGCUUAUAAAAACUAUUCUAUUGUGAUUGUGAUAACAAUGUAAGGCACAGAUAAAGAUCGAGAUACAGUGAUGUUGAAAAAAUCGCUGUAGAAAUGGCAAAACAUUCAUAUGUAUAUGUAUAUAGAUGGGAAAAUUUAGAUAAAGUAUCCGCCUAAUCAUCGAUGUCCACCAACUUAAAAUUUUAACUCGAUCGAGAUGAAAUUGUAUCCGACCGAUCUAAUAAGCAAAUAAUGAACCAUUAUGGUAGACACACAAAUAUACAAAAGCAAAACAAACAAAAAAAAAACCAAAACAUAUUUUACAAUAUGAAAUAAAUAAAGCCACACCAAGCAACAUUUUAAUACACACAAUUCAAAAAGAAAAACAAGUCAGAUGUAGAAACAACUCACUAACUAAAGCAAAGUGCGACAUUGGUACAUGUAUUUAGCUACAAGGAGGACAACCAAGAAAUUAGAUAUAAUACAGCUUUUUAUACCUCAGAUAUGUUUCUAUAUGUAUGUAAAUGUACGAAGAGAUAUCUCUCAAGCAAUGCAAAGUAACAAAAACAGAAAGGUAUAAGAAAAUCAACUAUAUCUAAGCCCACUUAUCUUCGAUAAGGUUCAUAAGUACAGAUAUUUUGAUAGGUAGUUAGAUGAAAACUCAUUUACGAAUGUAACUUUUAUAUAUUUUUUUAGGUAACUUGUUUUAUUGAUACGCGAUUUCCAACAUAAAUCUAAAUGUGCAUUACCAACCAGACUCUUAAAUAGUAUUUCCGAAAAUUGGUUAGUGGCAGCUCUGGAUGUUAGCGGAAAUACAAAUAUAUUACGAAAUAUAUGAUAUACAUAGGUAUAUCAUAAUCAUACAACUGACAAUUUAUCAACAUAUAAGCAACUGUACUUUCUAUCAUAAGUGUUAUAUUCUUUCCACGUUAUCGGGCUUAAAAAAGUUUAUAUGAUAAAAGAUAUUUUCUCAUGCGUGUCUAGAUUUUACAUAUGGUAUAUUCCAAACUAAACACCAAAAAUGGAUAUGAACUUUUAUGUGAUCUAAGUUCUACGGUUAUCUUCUGUUAAACAAGGCUUAUGUUUACAUGUAUGUAUAUAAUAAAAAACAAAAACAACGUGAAAAUUAUAAUUAAAGGCUGAGAAGGCAUACAUACAUACACUGCAUAUGUACGUAUUAUGUUUUAAACUUCAAUUCAAAAAGAUUUUGGUACCGAUCGAUAUACAUAUGUAUGAUAUGGCUUUCGUUGAACAGAAAAAUCCGAAAGAGAAAGUAAUUAAAUUAAUGCAUAUCAGUGAUUACAAUAACGAUGUACAUACAUGCAAAACAAUAACAAAAUAAUGUAUAUGUGUGACCUCAUUAGCACACAAUAAUCGUGUAUGUAUAUCUAUUCUUAGUACCGAAAUAUUCAAUCAAUUUAAAACCCCUUACGUGUGUGGAAAUAAACAUAGAGGUUAAUAAUAUAAAAUGUAUGUACUAUGUAUAGUAACAAAUAUAACUUCCAUAUGAGUAUUUUUCGUAUUACCUUUAGUAGAAUAAAGAUUAUCGUAUAAUUAAAACGCAUUGUUUAUAAAAUAAAAAAACCCAAAAUCAGUGAUCUGCUUCGAUCACCGACAUAAACAAUUGGAUAUUGUUAACAAAAAGCAAAAAAAAAAAAAAAAGAGUUUGAUGUUUUCUCCGCACUGUUGCAUACUUAUUCAGUAUUCUGAGAACAGAUGUCCUUUUACAAGAUUAGUACUCACGGCAAAAUAAAAGCUCAAAAACUGUACCUAUGGGUACGUACCAAGGUAAAUUAGUUGAGUACUUUUUACCUUACCUAUGUAAAUAAAUAAAUGGAUACAUUUUACCCUUCCUAGGCA